AUGGAGGUGCGUUUUGAGUCGACUCACAAGUCACGUGAGGCAGAGCGACAAGGGCACCGAGAUGGAGAGGUGGGUGGGGCUCACUACGACACAGAGAUGGAGGUGCGCUUUGAGUCGACUCACAAGUCACGUGAGGCAGAGCGACAAGGGCACCGAGAUGGAGAGGUGGGUGGGGCUCAAUACGACACAGAGAUGGAGGUGCGCUUUGAGUCGACUCACAAGUCACGUGAGGCAGAGCGACAAGGGCACCGAGAUGGAGAGGUGGGUGGGGCUCAAUACGACACAGAGAUGGAGGUGCGCUUUGAGUCGACUCACAAGUCACGUGAGGCAGAGCGACAAGGGCACCGAGAUGGAGAGGUGCGUGGGGCUCAAUACGACACAGAGAUGGAGGUGCGCUUUGAGUCGACUCACAAGUCACGUGAGGCAGAGCGACAAGGGCACCGAGAUGGAGAGGUGCGUGGGGCUCAAUACGACACAGAGAUGGAGGUGCGCUUUGAGUCGACUCACAAGUCACGUGAGGCAGAGCGACAAGGGCACCGAGAUGGAGAGGUGGGUGGGGCUCAAUACGACACAGAGAUGGAGGUGCGCUUUGAGUCGACUCACAAGUCACGUGAGGCAGAGCGACAAGGGCACCGAGAUGGAGAGGUGGGUGGGGCUCAAUACGACACAGAGAUGGAGGUGCGCUUUGAGUCGACUCACAAGUCACGUGAGGCAGAGCGACAAGGGCACCGAGAUGGAGAGGUGCGUGGGGCUCAAUACGACACAGAGAUGGAGGUGCGCUUUGAGUCGACUCACAAGUCACGUGAGGCAGAGCGACAAGGGCACCGAGAUGGAGAGGUGCGUGGGGCUCAAUACGACACAGAGAUGGAGGUGCGCUUUGAGUCGACUCACAAGUCACGUGAGGCAGAGCGACAAGGGCACCGAGAUGGAGAGGUGGGUGGGGCUCAAUACGACACAGAGAUGGAGGUGCGCUUUGAGUCGACUCACAAGUCACGUGAGGCAGAGCGACAAGGGCACCGAGAUGGAGAGGUGGGUGGGGCUCAAUACGACACAGAGAUGGAGGUGCGCUUUGAGUCGACUCACAAGUCACGUGAGGCAGAGCGACAAGGGCACCGAGAUGGAGAGGUGGGUGGGGCUCAAUACGACACAGAGAUGGAGGUGCGCUUUGAGUCGACUCACAAGUCACGUGAGGCAGAGCGACAAGGGCACCGAGAUGGAGAGGUGGGUGGGGCUCAAUACGACACAGAGAUGGAGGUGCGCUUUGAGUCGACUCACAAGUCACGUGAGGCAGAGCGACAAGGGCACCGAGAUGGAGAGGUGGGUGGGGCUCAAUACGACACAGAGAUGGAGGUGCGCUUUGAGUCGACUCACAAGUCACGUGAGGCAGAGCGACAAGGGCACCGAGAUGGAGAGGUGGGUGGGGCUCAAUACGACACAGAGAUGGAGGUGCGCUUUGAGUCGACUCACAAGUCACGUGAGGCAGAGCGACAAGGGCACCGAGAUGGAGAGGUGGGUGGGGCUCAAUACGACACAGAGAUGGAGGUGCGCUUUGAGUCGACUCACAAGUCACGUGAGGCAGAGCGACAAGGGCACCGAGAUGGAGAGGUGCGUGGGGCUCAAUACGACACAGAGAUGGAGGUGCGCUUUGAGUCGACUCACAAGUCACGUGAGGCAGAGCGACAAGGGCACCGAGAUGGAGAGGUGCGUGGGGCUCAAUACGACACAGAGAUGGAGGUGCGCUUUGAGUCGACUCACAAGUCACGUGAGGCAGAGCGACAAGGGCACCGAGAUGGAGAGGUGCGUGGGGCUCAAUACGACACAGAGAUGGAGGUGCGCUUUGAGUCGACUCACAAGUCACGUGAGGCAGAGCGACAAGGGCACCGAGAUGGAGAGGUGCGUGGGGCUCAAUACGACACAGAGAUGGAGGUGCGCUUUGAGUCGACUCACAAGUCACGUGAGGCAGAGCGACAAGGGCACCGAGAUGGAGAGGUGCGUGGGGCUCAAUACGACACAGAGAUGGAGGUGCGCUUUGAGUCGACUCACAAGUCACGUGAGGCAGAGCGACAAGGGCACCGAGAUGGAGAGGUGCGUGGGGCUCAAUACGACACAGAGAUGGAGGUGCGCUUUGAGUCGACUCACAAGUCACGUGAGGCAGAGCGACAAGGGCACCGAGAUGGAGAGGUGCGUGGGGCUCAAUACGACACAGAGAUGGAGGUGCGCUUUGAGUCGACUCACAAGUCACGUGAGGCAGAGCGACAAGGGCACCGAGAUGGAGAGGUGCGUGGGGCUCAAUACGACACAGAGAUGGAGGUGCGCUUUGAGUCGACUCACAAGUCACGUGAGGCAGAGCGACAAGGGCACCGAGAUGGAGAGGUGCGUGGGGCUCAAUACGACACAGAGAUGGAGGUGCGCUUUGAGUCGACUCACAAGUCACGUGAGGCAGAGCGACAAGGGCACCGAGAUGGAGAGGUGCGUGGGGCUCAAUACGACACAGAGAUGGAGGUGCGCUUUGAGUCGACUCACAAGUCACGUGAGGCAGAGCGACAAGGGCACCGAGAUGGAGAGGUGCGUGGGGAUCAAUACGACACAGAGAUGGAGGUGCGCUUUGAGUCGACUCACAAGUCACGUGAGGCAGAGCGACAAGGGCACCGAGAUGGAGAGGUGCGUGGGGCUCAAUACGACACAGAGAUGGAGGUGCGCUUUGAGUCGACUCACAAGUCACGUGAGGCAGAGCGACAAGGGCACCGAGAUGGAGAGGUGCGUGGGGCUCAAUACGACACAGAGAUGGAGGUGCGCUUUGAGUCGACUCACAAGUCCCGUGAGGCAGAGCGACAAGGGCACCGAGAUGGAGAUGGAGAGGUGCGUGGGGCUCAAUACGACACAGAGAUGGAGGUGCGGUUUGAGUCGACUCACAUGUCGCGUGAGGCAGAGCGACAAGGGCGCUGA